AUGGCGGGGGAGCUGCACGGGCAGGGCCAGGACCUCGGUGUCCACACCUGCGGUGAGUGCCAGCAGCAGGUGGAGACCCACUGGCACUGCACUGAGUGCGAGGCCUACGACCUCUGCGUCCACUGCUACCUCACCAAGGACCACCCCCACGAGAUGGUGAAGGUGGGGCUGGGCCUGGAUGAGUGCCCCAUGAGUGUCCGGGAGUGCCGGCGGCUGGCCAUCCGGCGCUGCAUCCAGUCCCUGAAGCACGCCCGCCAGUGCCGCAACGCCGCCUGCUCGCAGAAGGACUGCCAGAAGAUGAAGCGGGUUGUGCUGCACACCAGGAGCUGCCAGCGCAAGACCAACGGAGGCUGCCCAGUGUGCAAGCAGUUCAUCGCCCUGUGCUGCCACCACGCCAAGUACUGCCAGGAAAACCCGUGCAUCGUUCCCCUCUGCCUCAACAUCAAGCAGAAGCUCCGCCAGCGACGGCUCCAGCUCCGCCAGCAGCGGUUCGGGAACCACCUGCCACAAGGGUAG